AGGACAGACAGCGAAGUUUGGAGGCAGAUUGUCGCCACAUAUUCUCCUCCUGCUCCUGCUGCAGAUAAAUAAUCUGAUGCUUGAAGAAUUCAAAGGGAUCUUUUAAAGAUGGAGUUUUUCCAUCAGAGAAAUCCAUGGAAUAUUAUUUUUAUAUCAGCUGGAAUCAAACUGCUUUAAGACAUCUAACAUUCCCUGCCUUCUAUCUUUAAAAACUACUUUAUAAUUUCCCAUCAUGGACCUCUCAGGCUCUUUGCCUCCACCUUCCCCAUACACCUUUCCUAUCAUCCCCAAUUUCUCUGCCCCCUCCUCCUCUCCCUCCAUCUCCCCUUCACCCAGCCUGGCUUCCACGGCUCUCUUCUGCUCCCUCCUCUCCCUCCUCUCCUUAAUGGGCAUCACAGGAAACCUGUACACUCUGGGCCUCCUUCUGAAGCGCAGGAGAAGUAGGAGAAGACGUGGAGCAGGACCGGCCUGCUGCCUAAUGAGAGUACCUGUCCCAUCCUGCCUCGCCAACUCCUCCUCCCCUUCCUCCACCCCCAUCUCUUCUUCCUCUCCCUCCUCCUCUCUUUACCUCCAGGUGCUGAGCCUCGCUCUCGCUGAUCUGCUCUACCUUUUCACCGCCCCCUUCAUUGUGUACGACAGCCUGGCGUCCGGCUGGGCCUUUGGCGAACUGGGCUGCCGCCUCCUCCUGAGCCUCGACCUCCUCACCAUGCACGCCUCCAUCUUCACUCUCACCGCCAUGAGUCUGGACCGCUACCGGGCUGUGGCUCAUCCCCUGCACACCUCCUCCUCCAACUCCUCCAGCCUGCUGCGUGUAGGCCUGGCCUGGGGGCUGGCUGUGGCUCUUAGCCUGCCUAUGAUGAUCACGCUGCACCUGGAGGAUGGGGAGAACCAGGAGGGCCAGCUGUGUGUGCCAGCAUGGGACGAGCAGAGCUCCAAGGCCUACCUGAGCGUGCUCUUCUGCACCAGCAUUCUUGGUCCUGGGCUGGCCAUCGGAGCACUUUACGCUACUCUAGGCCGGCUUUACUGGGUGUCUCAAACCAGGCCUGCUUGGGCCAGCGGGGGCAGCAGUGCUUGUCCUCCCCGUGCCCCCAAACCCAAAGUCCUCCUCCUCAUCCUCGGCAUUGUCCUGGCCUUCUGGGCCUGCUUCCUCCCUUUCUGGAUCUGGCAGCUGCUGCCUCUCUACCAGCCCGACAUGCUGCGGACAGUACCGGUGGGGACACAGGUGACAGUGAAUCGUAUCCUCACAGGGCUGACGUACGGGAACUCUUGUGUGAAUCCAUUUUUCUACACGCUAUUGACUGGAAAACGAAGACGCAACCGGCAGACGCUGACAUCAGCAAAUCAGCUCAGCCGUAAGAGCAGUCCACUGCAGUAGUGUUUGUGACUAACAGCAGAGACAAUAGUGUGUACAUAUAUGUGUGAAAAGGUACUGUAUAUGAAUGCUUUAUGAGUUCAAUAACUGGUGCCAAAGACUAUUGAUCUAUCCCUGGACACAGGACAAUGCUAAGCUAAUGAUAGCACUUUGUAUAAAUGCUUUGUGUUGGGAGACAAUCGAGACGACAAUCUCUGUACGAUAUACAUGAAAAAAUAUGUCUUUAAUUGCUGUAGUAACCAAGUUUACAUGUUGACCAUUUGAUUCUAAAUGUUUUUAAUGAUAAUAUGGUAAAGUAAUUCAAUGGAAUUUCUAUCACAAGUGGUUACUACAGUAAUUUCUUGUGCAGAGGAGUGAUUUAUCAAGUCAACAGAAAACCCGUACUGUAUUCAGUAACAUCAGGAGAGCAGAGUUUAUGCUGUGUGUUGCGCGAGCGUUUCCUGUAAAACCCUGAUGCACUUCUGCUUGUUUUCUCAGAACUAUCAAAGAAAAUGUUUGUUUUUAAACAACUGGCUGUGACUGGUCGGGACCUUGUCGGGACAUUUUUCUGAGACCUUGUUUGUUGACUUAAUGAAUUAUGUUCGAGCGGGUCAACAGUCUUUGUUUGCUUCCCCUGAACCCUGACAUAUCUAAAACAAUUGACUUUUUAAAAAAAUA